CAUGCUGGUCUGGAGAAAAGGCUCGCAGCUCUGUUAUCCGUGGUCACAGAGAGCGUGGGGGAGGAAGACACUUGGACCAAGGAGUCGUGUGGGUAGAAGAAACACACCGGCGUUAUUCAAAAGGAAAACUUCUAACCCAAAGACAGCGGUUUUCAAAAAAAUCUUUAGGCUAGUUGGAUUUUGUACUGGAAAGCGAGCAUAUUGAACGCCGGACGUUUUGCACAACUUGGAAAACCUAUUCAACUGCAAAAGUGUUGCUCUCCACUUUCUGGAGAACCGAAGGCAACCAUGGAAUCCGUGACAGAGAGUGAGAAUCGUUCAUCCAUGUAUACAGAUCCUGAAGAGAAGACUUGUGUAACCAGGCCUGAAGGGGACCGUUUGUCUCGGACUCUUCUUCAAGAAUCCACACAAAAGGUGUGUAGUUGGUGAGAAGCCAGCUGGCUGGCCUUGGAGACACUCCUUCACUACGAUGUAGAGUCCAGAAGAGAGAGAACGAGAGAGCGAGAUAAAGAGAGAGAGCGUGUGUGAACAACAGACACUCCGGCUGGAAGAGAAACUGAAAGUGGGUGAGUAAGACAUUGCAGGAGGAAUCGUAAAGAAAGAUAGGGAGACAACCCAGAAAGAAGGAAGAGGAACAACACCAGGGGGAGAUAAGAAAGAGAGAUUGAGAGAGAGACACUUUCAAUCAUUGACCUCAGACCCUGCCUCCAAACCAACCUCUCCCUCCCUCUUUCUCCUCCCUCCUUUCCCUGCACUGGAACUGUUUACCCUCUCUCACACCUCCGUCACAACAGGACCCCAUCCUUCACCCUUUCCCCUCUUCCUGAAGACCCUGAGGCCUUGAACCUUCACCUUUGACCCCACCUGUGUAACCACUGGGCGGGAAAAGACAUCACCAGGAACUCUUCAGAACCACUUCAAACAUCAUCCUCACCAUGUGCCAUGUGAUCGUGACCUGUCGCUCCAUGCUGUGGACUCUACUCAGCAUCGUGGUCGCCUUCGGAGAGCUCAUCGCCUUCAUGAGCACCGAUUGGCUGGUGGGCUUCCCCCGGACACCGGACGCCGUCUUCGGCCCUCAUGGUGCCACAGCGGCUGGCGAGGCCUACCGGCCCACCCUGGGCAUCUACGGCCGCUGCAUCAAGCUGCCCCACUUGCGGCGUGGUGUUCUAUGUGGGCCGUACGCCGUGCACUUUGGGGAGAUCGCCAGCGGGUUCUGGCAGGCGGCGGCCAUCUUCCUGGCGGCGGGUAUCCUGCUGCUGUGUGCCGUGGCCUUCAUCUCUGUCUUCACCAUGUGCUUCCAGAGCAUCAUGAAGAAGAGCAUCUUCAACGUGUGUGGACUGCUGCAGGCCAUCGCAGGUCUGUUUCUGAUCCUGGGUCUGAUGCUGUACCCUGCAGGCUGGGGUUCAGACAAGGUGCAGCUGUACUGUGGUCAGGACGCGGCUCCCUACCAGGCAGGGCUGUGUACCAUGGGCUGGGCCUUCUACACAGCCAUGGGAGGCACCGUGCUCACCUUCAUCUGCGCUGUGUUCUCAGCCCAGGCCGAGAUCGCCACGUCCUCAGACAAGGUGCAGGAGGAGAUCGAGGAAGGCAAGAGCCUAAUCUGCCUGCUCUGAGAUGGACCAGGAGGGGAGAAGGAGAGGAAUGUCAAGUCCCACCCCCCUCUUCUCCACUCUGGGUUCCAGCUGUCAAUCAAACGGAAGCCCCCAUGUUGUUUACCACUAAGACAGACUCUCUGACCUUUGACCCUGUAUUGUUGUUAUUGUUCAUGUGGGAGAAAUCUACAGUGCCAAGCUUUUCACAAACCUGUGUUUCAAUGUAUUUCCUCUCUCCGCCACCAGAGGUGCUGUCUGUCUGUGUUCUGUAUGUUGUUAUUUCUAAUGUGUGUCAGUACCAGCUACUCUGACACCAGUAUGUGUGUAUUGUAAAUAAGUGUGUAUAUACUGUACAUAGUGAUGAUGAUGAUGAUGAUGAUGAUGAUGAUCUGAGAAUGGUGGUCCUCAGCUCUGUUCAGGCUGUGUUUUAAAUUAGUGUCACUCUUGCUUUGAAUACUGGUGUGAUGAGGACAACACCUAAAGACCAGCCUUCCUGGUGCUAAUCUUCUGUUGUACCAUAAAAUGCCAGGUAGAAGUUGCCCCUAACUACAGAUCUAGUAUCACAUUACCCAACCCCAAAUCAUAACCUGAACCACGAGAAGGAUAAAAUAAUAUCAUACCGUAUCCCAGACCCGCAGUUAGAGGUAACUUCUACCAGCUCCAGCUUAAACCAGGUGUGAGUAACUCUACAAGGGAACCACUACUCAGUCAAGUAAACUACUCACAGACAUGGCCUUAGUUUAGCAUGGAAUCAUGAUGUCCGUAAAGCUUACAGAAUGUACUGUCAAUUGAAAUGACCAAUGUAUGUCUUCUUGGACCCUUGAAAUGUAUUGAUGGGACGGACACCUACACAGGCCACGGUUACACACGGACAGCAUGAUCUAGCUGAGAAGGACUUGGACAACUUGGUCAACGAUACACACAAGUAUUCCUUUUAGUGUCUUCCUUUUAGUGUAUUGUUUCAGGAAGGACUCCUAUUCCUGCAACACCAAGGCAGGUCAGUUAUUCCUACAGCACCAGCCACAGCGCUGGAGAGAAACUGUUGAGACUUGUGUUGUUGCGUCAUCAUCUGACUAUCACAGCUCCCCAGUCUGUCUCUCUGCCAAACCAAUAAAAACAGAAAGAAAAACA